UGGUCAAGGUGCCGUACUCUCUACAGGAUGCUGCAUAUUAUGGUGCAAUUAAUUCUGGUACAGAGGUGUACCGGAGAAAAGGAAAGAUGACUGGUGAACUGAAACAACUUACGUCAAGCAGCGACACCGAGUACUAUAACAGUAUGCAGAGCAAUGGUACCGAUUCAAGCAUGAUGAACGGUUUUGAUUCAUCAUCACCAAGUAAAAUUCCAUUACGACAGCUGAGCAACCCUGAGACGCAGAGUGGACACCACAUACAUGCAAAUAUCAAUAAAAAUCGCCAUAGUUACGGCAAUAAGAUGGCUCCAGUUAUAAGACCAAACAGGUUUUCUCUCUAUGACAAACCGGUUGAUGAAUCAGCCAUCAGUGGAUGGAAUGGGAAUCUUAAUGGUUUUGGUUACCAUGACGCCUUCGAGAGGAACUCAUUUGAUAAAGCGGAAUCUCAUCAAAUAGAAGUUCAAGUAGAGAUAAACCACCAACCGUUAGUUGAGAAAAAAUCCUCUUUCAAAACUGUAGAAGCUAUAUCAGGCAACAGGGUGAAACCUGCUGGUCACGGGAGUGCGCCACAUGGACCUGGGGGUAUAAUGCCCGCCAUUGGCAAUGGAGCCGAACUUCAGAUGGAUUCCUACGGACAGUUUAAUGUGCGUGGUAUGUUGAGAAGAGUGCCUUCAGAUGUUGCGUUUACCGGGCGUGUUAUUACAGCAUUAUAGAAUACAGUAAAUGCUAAUAAUGUUUUUGGCAGUUACAAAGUUUAUGAAACUCGCAAGUG